AUGGCGGCUUCAAAUGGAUCAUUUCCUAACUACAAGGACGCUGAUGUGUCGAUCAGGAUCGAUUCUGUUGAGGAGUACAGACUUCACUCUCAAGUGCUAAGAUUUCACUCUUCUUUCUUUGCCAAUGAAUUUGAGAAGAACCCUUGCGUCCCCUCGGCCAAAACUGCUCGCGGCGGCCAGACCGUGUUGGCCUUCUUUGAGUGGGUACCAAGUGAAGAUGCCGUGAACAAGCAAAGUCGGAUCGAUCAAGUCGGAUCGUGGGAUGACGAACUUGGUCAAUUUGUCCGUGUUGAUCUCACUUCAAGUGGCAAGCGCAAGAAUCCCAAGUCAAGCCUUCCUCAGCCUGCGUUCUUCCCUGCGGGCAAUAUCAACAAAACUACAAGCCCAAACCAGCUUUGGCGUUGGCUCUUCGGUGCCUUCUACAACAUCACUCCUCGUUUCGACGAGUCUCACCUGACUGAGCUCGUGGACGACUGCAUUCAUUUAGCCCAGUACGCAAAACUCAUCGGCUCUAUGGAUCAUGUCCGAAACUGCAUCGACCUUGUUCUCUUGCGUCAAGACACAAAGCUUUGGAAUUCCAUCCUGAAGAACCCUACCCUCUGGAUCGAGAUCAGUGAACGUGUUCAAUCUCCCUCGAUCUUCUGUGAAGCCGGCAGCCACCUCGUCGGUAAUUGGCAUGGUAUGAGCGACCAAGAGAAGAGCGAGGUAAAUACCAACAUCCGCUCCGUCCUCGCAAGCAAAGCCGAAGAACUGGAGCGAGCCAAGGAAUCGCUCGAGCUGCGACUUCUCGGCCAUUACCCAGCUUUCCUCAUGAGAGAAGCAGCCAGCAGACCUGGACGUCCUACCUACUCUCAGGAUAUCUACAUGUGGCAAUCCAUCGCCUUCUUUCGACAAUGGUUCGCCCAGUGCAUUUCCGAGAACCGCACCCGCCGUGCCCCCGACGGAGGUCUCGCCUUCUACACCUGUUUGUCUAAGGGCGGCCAAGCUUAUCUCACCCACCUGGACUUUAAAGAGUUCCAUCGCCACUUUCCCAUGAGUGUCAAAGCAUGUAUGGUCCUCGAAGCAAACAUGACUCUAUUCAAGGACGACAUCAAGGCCUCUGUGGGACCUUUGAUGAAGGAAAACACACAUGUGAAACGAGCGGAUAAGCAGGACAUCACUUGGCUGACUUGUGUAGACUUUGUCAAGCAGGAUCUUACCUGGCAUGAAGAGUUGACAGAGCCCAACGUCGUAACGAACACACCUAACGACGACUUAGAUCGUACGUACCGUGUUGUGGAGGAGGAAAUGGCUGAGGAAAUGGCUCAGGCAAUACGGGGAGACAAGAAGUCAAUCAAAGCACACAAGACACCGAAGAAACCCCGCAAGAAUCCACGAGUACUUCCUCCGCCUGCCGAGUUCGAACCUGUUAACGACCUACUAGAAGUUCCUGUCACCACUCCCGCUGCCGACGUUGAUGCUGCCAAUGUAGCUACGUCUACUUCUGCUAGGCCAAUUGACGACGUCGAGAUUGAUAAUGGCUCUCCUACGAGACCCACCAAAAAGCGCAGACUCCUGGUCAAGGCCAAGCGCACCGACACGGACACCAUGAACGACAAAGGCAAGGAGAGCAUCAGAGGUAGCACCAAAGACCCCAUCGUGGACAGCGUGGACGGCGCCAAAGACAUUGUCAAGAACAUUGUCAAGGAUGAGGUCAUCGACAACCAGGUCGAAGAAGACGACAAUAGCUUGUUAUUUCCUGACACUCGCGGCCUGAACAAUGGCGACGAUGGCGACGAGAACAGCUUGUUCUUUCCUGACACUCGCGAUCUGAACAAUAGCGACGAUGGCGACAAGGAAAGCAUGUUCUUUCCUGACACUCGUCGUCUGAAAAAGGGCAACCACAGCGAUGACAGCGACGACGAUGAUACUGACUACGUAGACGACGACAUGGAAGCCGACUGAGACGAUUCUGUCGGUUGGCGUUCCAGCGUCAACAGCGAGCUUCGUACAUCUGGCACGGGAAAGCUUUGAUCCACAAGAAAGCACGUCAAUACUCUCAUCUCUCCUUUGCAGUCAGCAGUCUUCAGACUUCCAUCGUUUGCAAUGCUUGUCCUCGGCCUAUCAGACGUCAUUAUCAUCGACUCGGUUUUGUUUUCUUGAUUUGCCAUUUUCGGUUGGGGGUGCUCUUCGAAGAGUUCUGUAACAAGAGCGACGUGCGACAGCAAACGUCGUCUUCAUUGAUGGCUCGGGUUAUGCUUCUUCAAAAGCGGUUUUUUUUCAUUGCUCAGGUUGGCAUCAGAUCGCACAGAUCUUGAGUCAUUGGAGUUAUGGCGGCAAUUUGCGGAAGUGAGGGCUGCUGGACGACAGGCGGCGUAUGAUGGCUUCAACGAAUUUCACGGUUGAGCAAAUUGAUUUCCAGGUUUUCAUCGGGCACGCCAAAGUUAGUUCAGUGCUCUUCAAUUGGUUAGAUGGAUAGCAAAGAUGAGGUAGCUAUCACCAAAUCAUUG